AAUUCAAGCCAUUCACUGAAAUUGUUGAUAUAGAUCAAUCCGAUUUCACCUUCAAUCCUGACGUAGAAAUUUACAAAUUAACCGAUAAAUUUAUAAAUGGCACAAUAACAACCAGGGAACGUCGGCAUUUGGAAUUCCUUAGAUACUCCAACAAAAUGGUAGACAAUACACCACGAUACUUCAAAUACCCUUGGAUUAUAACAGACAUAAUCCAGGGUAGAGCCCAUCAUUUGUCAUUCCCCUUCUUUAAACGAUACAUUGGUGAUCGAGAAAGACAUUCCAUUCUUCAUCACAUGGUUCGAAGUUGGUUCCAAUUUACUCAGGUUCACGGAUUCAACACUUGGAUCAACUAUGGAAACUUACUAGGAUGGACCUAUAACGGAAUAAAUAUGCCUUGGGAUACUGAUAUCGACGUACAAAUCCCCAUUGCUCAAUUGGAUAGAUUAGCCCGCGAUUUUAAUCAGUCAAUAAUAAUGGAAAACCCAAGGUAUGGAAAUGCUCGAUAUUUGUUGGAAAUUGCCCCAACUUAUAUCCGCCAAGGAAAUGGGAAAAACUUCAUAGAUGCCAGAUUCAUUGAUAUAAACAGUGGGUUAUAUAUUGAUAUUUCCGCCCUUUCACGUACUGGGUUUCAUCCACCAGCAGAAUUCCACAAUAAGGAAUCAGAUAUGCUUGUCCAUUGCAAAAAUUGGAACUGGCAUUCAUUGGAUGAGUUAUUGCCCUUAAGACACACAUAUUUCGAAGGUGCCUCGGUAUAUAUCCCGCAAAAUGUAAGUCAGAUAUUAACCUAUAAAUAUGGAACCAAAUCCUUCACCCAAACCAAAUACCACAAUCAUAAUUAUCAAAAGGAUAUCCAAAUGUGGGUUCCUGAUUAUAUUUGCAAAAAGUCUCCCAAACAUAGAUUUAACGAAUUUGGUCAAUUGACUAGAUCUGGAGCUUGUAAUCUGGAAAUGUUAAUGGAUGAAUAUGAUAUCACCAAGGAAUGUACACAAAGGCAUCAGAACUUGAAUCAAGAUUUGUCAAAUCCAAAGUAUUAUAAUAUUGAAGAUCUCCCAAUCUUUAGAAAAGAUGCAUGGGAUUAUUAUAAUGACCUAAACAAUAAUCUAGUAAACCAUGAUAGGUGGUACGUGCAAAUGGAGCCUCCAAAACGUUCUCUGGUGAAACAACAUAUUAGCAAUGAUAAUGAUGAGGAGGAGGAUGAUUCUGAAUUCUUUGACCAGGAUGUAUGGGUUAAUUUAGUUUAACCUUGUAUUUUCAUUUUGUCAAAUGUCACGACUAAUGAUUUGCUAUUAAUAUGCUAUUAAUAUAUAUAUAUGCUAACGUAUAGAAUAAAUGGGUAUUUAUUGGGAGAACCCCUCUUGUAUUUAUAACUAAUUUGGAACUAAGGCGGGCAGUUUUACUUGUACAAAAUUAUUGCAAAAAAAAAAAUACUGGCUCGCUUUUAGUUUACUAAUUUUAAAAUUGAAUUCAUGAACUUUCUUCAAGUUUUGCAAGCAAAUUUUCCUAGAGUAAGUAACCCCAAAUUCUUUUGUAACGUAGUAUAAUUAUCUUACUAUAUAACCUGAAAUUUUUGUAGAAUUCUGGAUUUAAUGAAAGGUGUAAAACUACUCUUUCUUAGAAAACGUGGACCUGCUCAAGCCAAAAAAAAAUUUUUUGAUUGCUCAAAUAAUAAUGCAGCUCCCCACUGACCGAACUCGGGUGGUACAAUAAUAAAAACUUGAGCCACCACAGAGCUCAUCUCGGUAACCACUAGCACGCAAUAGUUUUGAAAUAAAGGUUCACUAAGUAGACCCCUAGGU